AGCUUCUCAGCUGUCUUUCUAUCAUCUGUCGUCUAUAUUUACCAACAGUCCACAACAGUAACACAUAUCACUUACUCAACACAUUUACACUCAUGCACGGAGCUCUACGUGGACACCAGUUGAAAAUCAAGGAGACACUACGUAAGCAAUGAACUCACACAAAGUUGAGGAACAAGAUGCUGGAUAUGGGACUCCGCCCAUGUGUGAUCUUCUGACCCUACUAUUGAAGAACCGACGUCCAUCUUCUCCCUGUGAUGAAGUUUGGCCUGACAUCUUCAUCAGUAAUGCGUCAACAGCGAGAGAUACGAGUCUGCUGAACGCAUUAAACAUCUCUCACAUCAUCAACGCUGCACACGGACCUUCUCACAUCGAUACUGGAGCAGAUUUCUACUCUCAUACAAACAUACAGUACUAUGGUGUGGAGGCUCCAGACAGCAAAGACUUUGAUAUGACUCAAUUUUUCUACCCUACAGCCGAUUUCAUUCAUAAAGCUUUGUACCAGCAAAAAGGGAAGGUUCUGAUUCAUUGUGCUCGAGGUGUCAGUCGUUCAGCAGCACUAGUGCUGGCAUAUCUGAUGAUUUAUGAAAGAUUGACUGUAUCUGAAGCCGUAAAGAUUGUUUCUGCACAUCGAAACAUUUUACCCAAUCCUGGAUUUCUUCAGCAACUCCGUCAGCUGGACUCCACCCUCGCCAUGCAGAGAAACACACAACAAACAGACAAUACAAACAUGACUCAAGACAAAUCAACAACAGACUAAAACUUUCUUCGUGGUUAAACUUUUCAUGCUGAACAAUUUAAACUUUAUGCUUUUAAUAAUGAAGUGGACUCAUUUAAACUUUUGUACAUUUGUCUCAUUCUUGUAUGAUUAUUAUUCGCAGUUUUAUGAUCUCAUCAAUUGUGACUACAUUGAAUUGUUGCAUGUAGAUUUGUAUUAACAUUCAGUCUUUUUUCAGUCAUUUUUCAAUAAUUAUUCCCCAACCCUAAACCCAACUACGCAGGGGCGAAAGCAAAUCGUCCAAAAAUGUAUACAUUUGGUCAUACAAAUUCGUACGAAUUAGCCAUUUCAUAAAAUACGCACAAAUUGCCAUGAGAUUGUGUGGUUUGGUUACAUCAGAGGAUUUGAGUGAAAAAAUUGUCAAAAAAUAAACCCCAGCUGUCAC